AUGGCCGCCGUGGGCCGGGCUCUGAUCUGGGCGCUGCGGGCGGGGAGGUCGGGCUGGGCCCGCACAGUCAGUGGUGCCUGUUUCCUGGAGAACAGAGUCCAGAGGGUCAACAUUUUUCCUGCUUGCUUUUAUGGAAACAGUUCUGCCCUGGAUACCAUCCUAGGAAUUUCCAGAGAGAAGACAGAAUGUGCACUAGGGCAGCAUCCACCACCAGUGUCUUACUGCAAAGCUGAGCAAGAUAACUUGUUGGUGCACCAACCAGAUGAGCCAGAGAAUCCCAAGGUUCUGAGAGUUGCCAUCAUUGGAGCACCAAAUGCUGGGAAAUCUACCCUCUCGAAUAAACUCUUGGGCAGAAAGAUUUUCCCAGUAUCUAAGAAGGUGCACACCACACGCUGCAAAGCCCAUGGGGUCAUCACAGAAGAAGACACUCAGCUGAUCAUCCUGGACACACCUGGCCUCAUCAGCCCCAUGAAAGCCAAAAGGCAUAAUCUGGACAAAUCCCUGAUACAUGAUCCAUGGGACAGCAUGAAACAUGCAGACUUAGUUCUGGUUUUGGUGGAUGUGUCAGAACGCUGGACACAGAACCAUCUGAGUCCCCAGGUGCUGCAGUGUCUUUCUCAGUUCCCACAGAUUCCCAGCAUCCUGGUCAUGAACAAGGUGGAUCUGCUGAAGAGAAAGGCCCUUCUGCUGGACCUGGUCACUGAGCUCACAGAGGGAGUGGUAAAUGGAAAGAAACUGAAAGUGAAAUCUACGUCUAAGAUGCAUUCAGACUCCACCAGAAACAGUCCCCUUCAAAGCAUCCAAACUUGUCUGUCUGAGAAUACAUCCAAAGAGUCUGGUUAUCUCCAGGAUGCCAGUGAAGUCCAGAGGGGCUCUGGCUCAGAUACAAGUUGUAACAUGAGGGCAUCAAACUCUGAUCAUAUGUUGGAAGGCACAGAGAAAGCGCAAAUUGCAAACCACCAGGUAUCUAGAGACUUAAAGAACAAGAAAGGCUGGCCGCACUUCCAGGAGAUCUUCAUGCUAGCCGCUAUUAAUGGAGAGGCAGUGGAGACACUGAAGAAGUACCUCCUGAUGCAAGCCAAGCCAGGUCGAUGGGAGUACCACAGCAGGGUUUUGACAAGCCAGUCGCCCCAGGAGAUCUGUGAUAAUGUAAUUAGGGGGAAGCUACUGGAGUAUCUGCCACAGGAAGUGCCCUACACUGUGCUUCAGAAGACGGAGAUGUGGGAGGAAGGGCCGAGUGGGGAGCUCAUCAUCCUGCAGAACCUGCUGGUCCAAAAGGAGACCCAUGUGAAGAUGCUGAUUGGUGUGGGAGGCCAUCUGAUCAGCAGGAUUGCUCAGGAGGCCGGUGAGGACCUGAUGAACAUAUUCCUGUGUGACGUCCACUUGAAGCUCUGUGUGAAGCUAAAGAAAUGAGCUGCUUAUUUAGAUGUUACCGACUCUUGUCUGACCACUAAUGAAGAGAUGGGCAUGCUGAAGAACAUGGAGACACCCCUUUCUGGUGGGCUGACGCCCCCUGGCAAUAUCAGGGCACUGAGAUUCCCCCCAGGCAUAGAGAGGGAUGCUGAGUAAACCAAAGAACUAAAGUAGAAAUAUGUUCUUUGUGGGGGUCUGAACUGCAAUGAGUUUAAGGCUGGAACGUAGUGAAAUCUUCAGACAUUGACCCACCCCAACAGAUUAUCCAGCGAGAACUUGGAGUGGAUGUUGGGGAAACACACACACAGUUUUAGUGCUACAUUUACAGAGCCAUCUGUCUUUGCUCCCUCUGCUGCUUCUUGGCUUUCGCGUCCUUUGGACUCACUAUCUGUACUGCCAAAAGCAAACAACUGUGGCUGGAUGUUGUGCUGAAAAUGAUGAUGCUGCAGUGGCAGAAUAUGGGGUGGAGAGAGAAGGGAGGAGGCAAGAGCAAAAAUUGAAUCUCUAAGGCCAGGGUCAUUUCUGAAGGUCUCAAACAGGUGCCACCUGCAUGCAUGUCCAGAUGCAUAUAUUGUAUUGCACCUCAGUGGGCAUGAGUAAUAUGAGCACUGGUCUGUCAAAUACUCCCCAGACCAUUAAUGUCCACUGUGAAGAAGUAACUCUCCAGUUUCCCUCAGGCAAGAGCUUAAAACACUUCUACAGUAAUUAGUGUUCUAGGAAAACUGCAGACUCAGCUCUGAGUAGGCUGAGUGAGUACUGUCAAGUGAAUGCUGCCUGUAUAGUGCUUGGGGGUCCUUUGGCCUGAAAGUGGCUU